UGUUCUCUUAAUUCCUCCUUCCUUUCAGCCAAAAAUCCAUAUUUUUGGUUCCUUUGAUAUGUUCCAUAUAACAGAGUCUUUGUUUCCAAGGAUUUGAAGAGUUAUCUUUGUUCCCACAAAUUUUCUUAAAAUUAUUUACAAAGUUAGCGUCUUUUUAGUUAUUUUGGUGUUUGUUAAAACAUGGGAUUUUCAAAGAAGCACCAAGUGGAAGGAAGUAAAGAAGAGAGCAAAAAGUGGGUAAUUGCUGGAAUUACAAUUGUAGCACCUUUGAGGUCAAUUUCUACGAAGCCAAGAGAGGAUUCUGAAGAUGAAGAAGAGUGUUCAACAACUCCGACGGCGAGAGAUUCAAGGAUACCGGAAAGACUACCAUGCCCUCCGGCGCCGAUGAAACGCCGGCCAAAGUCCACGUGUCAUUAUAAUAGUGUUAGGGAGUUCUUUAAUCCGCCUGACCUUGAAUCUGUAUUUAUACGCCAUGUGGAGAGAGCUAAUUAAGACAAUAAGUGGAGUAUUAGUAAAGGGCCAAAACCAAAAUGGAACAAAAGAGUGGCCCUUUUGCUUAUUUUUUUGCUUUUUUUUUUUGAGUUUGUGGUAGGUUUUAUUAGGUUAGGAGUUAGGUUUGAGUUGAUGAUGAUAAUGUAAUAUACAAGCUACAUAUGGUUUCUUCAAAAUAGCUAGGUCUAGUGUGUACUUCUUUUCUUCAAUGAGAAGAUGAACUCUUUUCUUGUAUGGAAUGAAUCUCAAUUUGCAAUGCUCUUUAAUUUGUUUUCUA